AUGGACCGGUUCGUGGUGCGCCGGCCCCGCUGCCCGGAGAGCCCCCGUCGGGCCGGGCCGGCUCCCCGCGCCUACCGGCAGGCCACCAUCGAAUCCCUCAAGAGAGUUGUGGUUGUUGAAGACAUAAAACAAUGGAAGUCUAUGCUUGAGCUUCCUGGGCAACAGAAAGAGAGUCUGAUUGAAGCUUUGGAGGAGCUGAAGAAGAAAAUACCUUCCAAGGAAGUGUUACUUUCAACAAAAAUAGGUCACACAGUGAAUAAGAUGCGCAAGCACUCAGAUCCCGACGUGGCCAACCUCGCCAGAGACAUCUACACAGAGUGGAGAACCUUUAUCAGAGACCAUUCAAACAGGCCCUCAAUAGAGGUCAGGAGCAAUCCCAAGACGGAGGCUUUCCGGAGGAAUGCGCGGAAGCUGCUUUGUGAAGCCCUGGACCUAGAGGUGGAUCACCCCCUGGCCGAAGCCCUGGAGCGAGAGGCGUUCCAGGGCUGCCGGCGCCUGGUAAGCGUGCCCUACCGCCGCACCGUGCGGGCCCUUGUCUUCUGCCUGAGGCACCAACCUGAAACCCGGGCACAAGUCAAGGCUGGCACGCUCCCUGUGUCUGCCUUUGUGCAGAGCCAGAAGAAGUGA